AUGGCAGCAGGAGAAGAAAGCAGUAGCAGCCGGAGAUGCAGUGUAGUCCAACUCCCUGUUGUGGACAUCUCUCAGCCACUGCAGCCAUCAUCUUUGUUGUCCCUUGCCGAGGCCUGCAAACAGUGGGGAUUCUUCCACAUCAUUAACCAUGGAAUCCCCAGGCAACUCUACAACAGAAUCUACUCUCUCUCUCAACGUAUCUUCAGCCUCCCUGCUGACACCAAACUGAGUCAGCUGGGUCCUUCCUCCCUUCUCAAAACCUACACUCCACACUUCAUCGCAUCCCCUUUCUUCGAGAGCCUCCGCGUCUCGGGCCCUGACUUCUUGGGAUCUGCUCACAGCUCCGCCGAUGCCCUCUUCGCCACAGAACUGGCCUCCGAGUUCAGCGAGUUGCUGCAAGAGUACGGAAGCAAGAUGACGGAGAUAUCGAAACGAAUCCUGGUGAUUCUGCUGACCAUCCUGGGGGAAGGCUUGGAGGAGAAGUUCCACGAGUCCGAAUUUCAAAACUGCCAUGGGUACUUGAGGAUCAUAAACUACACGAUUCCUCCAGCUGCAGAGUCGGAAGAAGUGGAGGGUUUGGGGAUGCACACGGACAUGAGCUGCGUGACCAUCGUGUAUCAGGACCAAAUCGGAGGGCUGCAGUUCAAGUCGGAGGGAGGGGAAUGGAUGGAUGUAAGCCCGUCGGAGGAGACGCUGGUGGUGAACAUCGGGGACAUGCUGCAGGCGUGGAGCAACGAGAAGCUGAGGUCGUCGGAGCACAGGGUGGUUCUGCCCGGCAGCAGCAGCGGUGGGGCGGCGAGCUGCAGGCUGUCGCUGGCGUUCUUCUGGUGCUUUGAGGAUGAGAAAGUCAUUUGGGCGCCGGAGGAAGUGGUGGCGGCAGGGUGCUGUGGGAGGAGGAGGGCUUACCGACCCUUUGUUUGCUCGGAUUAUCUGAGGUUUAGAGAGAUUACCAGUGAGAGAGGGAGGUUUGAUAAAGUUAGCUUCACUGUUAGAGAUUUUGCUGGCGCCUUAACGAAAUUAAUUUAA